UCUAUACAUACAAACAUAACUAAACUAAACAAUACUAUACUCUCUCUUGUCUCUUCAACCCUUGUCUAAAUCUCCCAAAUCUUGGAACCCACCAACAAGAUCACCCUAAAUCAUCAAUACAAUUAUUCCAUAGUCAGAAUCACCACUGAAUAGUAAUACCCAAUUGAGAAAUAUUGUUAUGAUUGAGUAUACGUGGUAUUCUUGGAUUGAUUGAGUUUAGAUAGGUGAAGGGAGGCUCAAGAAUGAGUGAAUGUCACAAUCACCACUAGAUAUCAAUACCCAUCUGAGGAAAAUUGAUUUAAUUUAGUGUAAGUAGUGUUCUUGGAUUGAUUGAGGUGAGUGGAGGUUCAAGAAUGGCUGAAAUUGGUCAGGAAACGGUGAAGUUGUCUACUGUCGUGUCUCGAACAGCGGAGGAAGCGUAUGUUUCGUUGAGAGAAUUGGUGGAGAAAUGUAGGGAGCCCGAGUUGUCUGAUUCUGACAAGAAAAUCAGUAUUUUGAAGUAUGUUGUAAAGACUCAGCAGCGUAUGCUUCGGCUUAAUGUGCUUACGAAAUGGUGCCAACAGGUACCAUUGAUACAGUAUAGUCAACAACUUGCAUCAACUCUGUCAAGCCAUGAUACAUGUUUCACCCAAACAGCCGAUUCAUUGUUUUUCAUGCAUGAAGGGCUACAACAAGCUCGAGCACCGAUCUACGAUGUUCCAGCUGCUACUGAUAUUCUUCUGGCUGGGGGUUACCAGCGUUUACCAAGCUGUGUGGAAGAUGUAGGAAUUCGGAGUACAUUGACGGAGGAUCAGCAGAAGCCGACUUUAAAAAAAUUAGAAACCCUUGUUAGGUCAAAAUUGCUGGAAGUUUCGCUUCCUAAGGAAAUCUCUGAAGUUAAAGUUUCAGAUGGCACUGCGUUGCUUCGUGUAGAUGGAGAAUUUAAGGUUCUUGUGACACUUGGUUACCGGGGUCACCUAUCGCUGUGGAGAAUAUUACAUCUGGAGCUGCUUGUUGGUGAAAGAAGUGGUCCGGUGAAGCUGGAAGAAGUUCGACGACAUAUUCUUGGGGAUGAUUUGGAGCGCAGAAUGGCUGCAGCAGACAAUCCAUUUGUUACCUUAUAUUCUGUUCUUCAUGAACUAUGUAUUGUUCUCACCAUGGACACUGUCAUAAGACAAGUACAAGCACUCCGGCAAGGCAGAUGGAAGGAUGCAAUUCGGUUUGAGCUGAUGUCUGAUGGUAACUUGGGGCAAGGUGGCAAUGCCGUUUCUUCGCAAGUGAGUCAAGAUGGAGAAACUGAGACUGUACUACGGACUCCUGGAUUGAAACUUCUUUACUGGUUAGAUUAUGAUAAAAGCCCAGGUGCAUCUGAUGGGGGAUCAUGCCCGUUUAUAAAAAUUGAGCCAGGGCCUGAUCUGCAGAUAAAGUGUCUUCAUAGUUCAUUUGUUGUUGAUCCGCUUAUGGACAAGGAGGCAGAACUUUCCCUUGAUCAGAGUUGCAUUGAUGUUGAGAAGUUACUGCUUGAAGCUAUUUGCUGUAAUAGGUAUACUCGUCUGCUUGAAAUAUAUAAAGAGCUCGGAAGGAAUGGUCAUAUAUGUCGAGCUGCAGAUGAUGUCCUCCUCUGUACCCAAGAGGAUACAGAGGAUGACACUGACGAUAGCUACAAAAAGAGGGAUGACAAUUCCAGUGCUAAAGGAAAGGAGGUUUUACGUGUGCGUGCCUAUGGUUCCUCGUAUUUUACUCUUGGAAUAAACAUAAGGAAUGGUCGUUUUCUUCUCCAUUCAUCCAAGAAUAUCCUCGAAUCAUCAACUCUGCUAGAAUGUGAAGAAGCCUUAAAUAAUGGUAGUAUGUCUGCAGCUGCUGUUUUUGUAAGCUUAAAAACCAAAAGUGUACUACAUCUUUUUGCUCGUCUUGGCAGGUUUUUGGGGCUUCAGGUGUAUGAGCACGGAUUUUCUGCUGCUAAGCUACCGAAGAACAUUCUUAGUGGCUCUACUAUGUUGGUUAUGGGUUUUCCAGAAUGCGGGAGUUCUUACUUUUUGCUGAUGCAACUUGACGAGGACUUCAAACCAAUUUUUAAAUUACUAGAAACUCUGCAAGAUCCAUCAGGAAAACCGCAAACGUCUGUAGACUUAAAUCAUGUGACAAGGGUGAAAAACAUCGACAUUGACAUGAUGCAUUUACUUGAAGACGAGCUAAAUCUUAGUCUCCUCGAUUCUUUGCCUCUUAAUAACGACAUGGGUGCUGAUCAGAAUCCUGAAAUUGGUCUACUUUCUGAGUUAAGUAACAGAGCUUCUAACUUUAACUCUGUUCUUCCAUCAAGUUUCUCUUCAGUUGUUGAUGAAGUUUUUGAGCUUGAACGAGGUUCAUCUGCUCUUCAUUCUGUUCAAAGUCCAAGCUCAAUGUUUACUAGUUCUCCAGCUUCUCAUAGUGGUCCCCUUGCAAGAAAUUUGUAUGGGAUGAGGGCUGGGACAUCUCCGAAAUGGGAUGUAGGAUCACAGAUAAAUAACUUCACGAAAGUUGCUAAUAUAAACACGAAUUACAAUACUUCACCCUAUAUGACGCGCUUGUCGCAGUCCAGUUCUUCCAGUUUACUAUCUUCUGGUCCAGGGAAGAGCAUGCCUGCAAAGAAGCUAUCAGCUUCCAAGUCUGAUCAAGAUAUACCUUCGCUUAGGUCCCCAUAUUCUGCUGAAGUAGGUCUGUACACCACAGCUGACGAAGAUCAUCUUGUAUCUCGACUAUCUCAACAACCUGAUCUCCAAGUUUCUACAAGUGCAAAAGUUAUUGCUUCUACUAACUCGCUACCAAUUGGGACUGCAGCUGGAUCUUUGUAUGUGUCAAGGUCCAAAUCAAUGGGUACGAUCCCAAUGACUGAAGGACCUGAUUCGGCGAUUAUCUUAAGGCAGGAGAAGGGAUCAGGAAAGCGAAAAUUGUCAGAUAUGCUGAAUUUAAUGCCAUCUCUCUGCUUACUAGAGGUCAAGGAAAGAUCUUUUAAGAGAAAAAAGCUUACAGAGUCUUCUCUUAUUCAACAUUCUUCAUCCCAGAUGGUCACGAAAGCUAUUAGUAAAACUGAUGGAUACAGUUAUGCUAGACUUAUAGAUGAGGCAAAUAAAGGGAAUGCAGCCUCCAAUAUUUAUGUUUCAGCACUUCUCCACGUGGUUAGUCAUUGCUCUCUUUGUAUCAAGCAUGCCCGACUUACUAGUCAGAUGGAAGCACUUGACAUUCCAUAUGUUGAAGAAGUCGGUUUGAGAAAUGUAUCCUCAAACUUGUGGUUUCGACUCCCAUCUUCCAGAGGAGAUACAUGGAAAAACAUAUGCUUGCGGCUUGGCCGACCAGGAAGCAUGUAUUGGGAUGUCAAGAUUAGUGAUAAGCACUUUAGGGACUUGUGGGAUCUUCAAAAGGGAAGCAAUGAUACUUCAUGGGGCUCUGGUAUUCGUAUUGCAAAUGCAUCUGACGUAGACUCCCAUAUUCGUUAUGACGUGGAAGGUGUUAUUUUGAGUUACAACUCUGUUGAGGCUGAUAGCAUCAAAAAGUUGGUAGCAGAUAUUCAAAGACUCUCUAAUGCCAGGAUGUUUGCUCUUGGAAUGCAAAAACUGCUAGGUGUAAGUUCAGAAGAAAGGUUUGAAGACAGUAGUACAUUUUAUGAUGGUAAAGUAUCAGCUGGAGUAAAAGGUGUUGGUGAAGGGAAUGACAAGUCUUCAGAACAAAUGAAGAGGGCCUUUAGAAUUGAAGCGGUUGGAUUGAUGAGUCUGUGGUUUAGUUUUGGCUCGGGGGUUCUUGCUCGCUUUGUUGUGGAAUGGGAAUCUGGUAAAGAGGGAUGUACAAUGCAUGUUUCACCUGAUCAGCUCUGGCCGCAUACCAAGUUUUUAGAAGAUUUUAUAAAUGGAGCUGAAGUUGCAUCGCUUUUGGAUUGCAUUCGCUUGACUGCGGGACCCCUACAUGCUCUUGCGGCUGCGACACGACCUGCAAGAGCUGCUCCGGUAUCUGGGCUUCCUGGUAUUACUGCACUGAAUCCUACCGUCGCAAAACAGAGUGGGUAUAUUCCAUCUCAGGGACCAACCAAUUCGGGUACAAAUACUGGCCAGCUCUCAUCUGGUCUUGGGGGGAUUACCGGUGCUUCUACUAAUACAGGCACUCCUAGUACUCACAACCCUCAGACUGCUGCAAUGUUGGCCGCUGUUGCUGCUGCUGGGCGUAGUGGUCCUGGCAUUGUUCCUAGUUCACUUUUGCCCAUCGAUGUCUCUGUUGUCCUUCGUGGCCCCUACUGGAUUCGCAUCAUAUAUCGCAAAAAUUUUGCUGUUGAUAUGCGGUGUUUUGCUGGAGAUCAAGUUUGGUUACAACCAGCAACACCACCCAAAGGUGGCCCAACAGCCGGAGGAUCUUUACCAUGUCCGCAGUUUCGCCCCUUCAUCAUGGAGCAUGUUGCUCAAGAACUUAAUGGCUUUGACCCUCAUUUGACAGGUGUACAGCAAGCAGUUGGCCUGGGAAAUUCCAAUGCUGCAAGUCUAGGUACAGGUCCAGGAUCAGUUGCACAAUUGUCUGCUAACAGUGGAAACCGCCUUGGCAUUCCCAGCUCUGCUGGAAUAUCCCGUUUAGGUAACCAAAUUAAUGGUCUUGGUCGUGCCGGAAAUUCUCUUCCGGCAUCUUCACCUUCGGCUCUUAGUUCUGGGUUGCCUCUGCGCCGAUCACCAGGAGCAAGUGUUCCAGCUCAUGUUAGAGGUGAACUAAAUACUGCAAUAAUUGGACUUGGUGAUGAUGGAGGUUAUGGUGGCGGGUGGGUUCCGCUUGUUGCUCUUAAGAAAGUUCUUAGAGGAAUUCUGAAAUACUUGGGAGUAUUGUGGCUUUUUGCUCAGUUACCGGAUCUAUUGAAAGAGAUCUUGGGCUCUAUUCUUAAGGACAACGAAGGUGCACUAUUAAAUCUUGACCAGGAGCAGCCAGCCUUACGUUUUUUUGUGGGGGGGUAUGUAUUUGCCGUAAGUGUGCACAGAGUUCAACUUCUUCUCCAAGUUCUUAGUGUGAAGAGAUUUCAUCACUCACAACAACAGCAGCAAAAUCCAGCGGUCGCUCAAGAAGAGCUUACCCAGGCUGAAAUAGGUGAAAUAUGCGACUAUUUCAGCCGUCGUGUUGCAUCAGAGCCUUAUGAUGCUUCUCGUGUUGCAUCUUUUAUCACUCUUCUUACAUUACCAAUUUCAGUUUUGAGAGAGUUUUUGAAGCUUAUAGCAUGGAAGAAGGGAUUGGCUCAGGCACAGAGUGGAGACGCAGCCCCUUCCCAAAAGUCUCGCAUUGAAUUAUGUCUGGAGAAUCAUUCGGGAAUAAAUAUUCAUGGGAACCCGGAACAUGUAUCUUCGUCAAAAAGUAAUAUACAUUAUGAUCGUCCUCAUAAUUCUGUUGACUUUGGGCUGACUGUUGUUCUUGAUGCUGCACACAUGCCUCAUAUAAAUGCUGCUGGUGGAGCUGCUUGGUUGCCGUACUGUGUUUCUGUGAGGCUACGAUAUUCAUUUGGUGAAAAACCAAACGUGUCGUUUAUAGGAAUGGAGGGAAGCCACGGUGGACGAGCUUGCUGGCAACGGCUUGAUGACUGGGAUAAAUGUAAACAGCGGGUGAUUCGAACAGUAGAAAUGAAUGGCAAUUCAACGGGGGAACUUAACCAGGGAAGGUUAAAAAUAAUCGCAGAUAGUGUACAAAGGACACUACAUGUGUCCCUACAAGGGUUGAAAGAUGCCAGUGCAGUUCCCGGGAGCACGGUAAUAGGCAAGCUGCAGUAAUGAUGAACGACGGGUUUCAAAUCUGAAACUACUGAUCUUGAUUUAGGUAGGUUGCUGUUUUCCUCUGUACAGGUAACCGUUUUGAUUAUGUAUAAAAAUGCUUAUAGCCCCCACAUGAAACUCAAAACAAAGCAACAACUUUGGUGCAUCCUCCCCCGUGUUUGCAAGCAGCUAAAGGGUGCCAAUGGAGCAUCUGCUAAGGGCUAAAUUGUCGUGGACGUUGAUAUAUUUCUAUUUGUUCCUGGGGGGCAAAGGAAUUAUUUCCGGAUUCUGUCUUGUAAUGUUUGCAAGUGCAGAUUUAGGGGGUGGUAUUGUAUCGUGACUUUUAAUGACAAAUUUUGGAAGGAUGACUUUAAUGAAUUUUAUAGACUUUUAAUGAUUCUUGUUGAA